CUGUCUAUUCUUAUUUUCAAUAAUAUUCAUAAACUUGUUCUCAUCUUCUCAACUAUAUAUGCAGAUAGAUUUGCGUGUAUAUAUAUGUUCGCAGGUUGUUGAGAAAUUUUCAUCCAUGCAGGACUGUAAGGCUCCUUCCAAUAUUCUUAUUUAAUUUUCUCUCCCCAAAGCCCCUCAAAAGAGCAAAAAGAAUGAAGAUAACAACGUUAUCGCCGCUUGUCUUCCUCAUUCUCUUCUCUCUCUCGUGCCCGUUAGCAUUGUCUCUCCGCCAUGGAUCCCGGCAAAUCCAAGCUCUCACCCAACACUACAAGGCUAAACGGAGCAGCAAUUCCGGCAUUGACACCACCACCCACUUCACCUCUGCAAUUUACAGCGAACUCGACGCUCUCAUCCUUCCCCAAGAAGGGCUGAAGGAGAAAGAUCGGAUCGAACGGUUGCCGGGGCAGCCGCCGGUCCGCUUCGACCACUACGGCGGCUAUGUCACCGUCGAUCAGGCCGCCGGACGGGCCUUCUUCUAUUACUUCGUUGAAGGGUACAGUAAGAAAGAGUCUUUGCCUCUCCUUCUCUGGCUUAAUGGAGGUCCUGGAUGUUCCUCUCUCGCGUAUGGGGCAAUGCAAGAACUGGGACCUUUCAGAGUCCUUAGCGAUGGCAAAACACUUUUCCAAAAUAAAUUUGCAUGGAAUCAUGGUGCAAAUGUGUUGUUCUUGGAGUCUCCGGCGGGGGUAGGAUUUUCCUACUCCAACACAACAUCAGAUUUUGUGAAAGGAGGAGACAAAAAAACUGCGAAAGAUAAUUACAUAUUCUUGCUAAAUUGGCUAGAAAGAUUUCCAGAAUAUAAAGACAGAGAUUUCUACAUAGCUGGUGAGAGCUAUGCUGGGCACUAUGUGCCACAAUUGGCACACACCAUUCUUACUCACAACCUUCAUGCCAACAAGACCAUCAUCAACCUCAAAGGAAUCCUGAUUGGAAACGCAGUGGUGCAUGACGAGGAAGACGAGAAGGGGAUGUACCAAUACUUCGCCAGCCAUGCUCUCAUCUCCGACCAAACAUUAGGCCAAGUAUUGAAGUACUGCAACUUUUCAGAGGGCAGUGAUUAUACCAAACAACCAAAUGAGUGCCUUGCGGCGAGGGAGAUAGCAAGUCACAACACUGGGCAAAUCGAUAUAUACAACAUAUAUGCUCCCUGGUGCAAAAAUACCAACCUCACCCACAAGCCCAAGAAGCCCUCUCUAGUGAUAGAUCCAUGCAGCGAUUACUAUGUUUAUGCGUACCUGAAUCGGCCCGAUGUUCAGAAGGCACUCCAUGCCAAUGUUACCAAAAUGCAUUAUGAUUGGGAACCUUGCAGUGACGUCCUGAGAGAUUGGGUGGACAGUGCAUUCACAGUAAUUCCAUUGAUAGAUGACUUGAUGUCAAAUGGAAUAAGAGUUUGGAUAUUUAGUGGUGACAUAGAUGGAAGGGUUCCAGUGACAUCAACAAAGAACUCGUUGAAGAAGAUGAAGGUGAGUCCAAAGAGCGAGUGGCAUCCAUGGUUUCUGGACGGAGAAGUUGGAGGAUAUGCACAGAAGUUCUCAGGAAAUCUGACAUUUGCAACAGUGAGAGGAGCAGGGCAUCAAGUCCCAAGUUACCAGCCUGCAAGAGCCCUUUCACUGCUUUUGCAUUUCGUCGCUGGAACCGACCUACUCGAUUCUACCACACACUCAUAACUUAUAUAAAACUCCAUGCAUGCUAAGCUACAUACCUCUCCAUUUAUCCAUUACACUCUUCAAUUCAUUUCCACCUUUAUUCAGUACUAAUUUAUGCAUGCAUGGUUAGUUGGUUUUAUUCUUAGUUCUUUGCUGCAUGCAAUUACGUACUUUAGUCUCGUCGGAUCCGUCGACCAAUUCAUACAUACAUAAAAAGGCCAAAGGCCACAAAAGCCUCUAUUUCCAAUCGCAAAUAGCAGAGAAAGAAGAUGAAAAAGAGGGAAUUCAAUUCUUCCCAGUGGCCAUAUAUAGAGAAGAGAAAGUGUUACUAUAUAUACGACGUUGUUCGACUGUACUAUGUGUUAGUUUUUGGCCUUUUGGCCUUACGUUGUUACUGUUUGGAAUAAAUGUCUUAGGACGUGGUUUCCGUUACCGUUGCAACCUAGCCGCCGGCCUAAAGAAGAAGAAGAAGGUGGCAAAGGAUCUGCAAGCGAGAUUAAUUACCUUAGGUUGUUAGUUAGAAUGUUUGAUUUGUUGUUUUCCUUGUAUUAAAUUUCCAUAGAUGGUGUAUUAUAUAUGCAUGCAGUCAAAUCCCUUUUCUGGUUUUCUA